CCCAGAUAAGAUCAGUAUAAACAUAACCUAACAUGCAGCAGACAUCUGAAUCCUUUCUGAUGCAGUAUCCCACAAUCUGAUUAAAGAUGGAGAGUUCAGUAACCUUACAUGCUACUUUGAUUGUUUCUUCGAUACUGACGUUUGUGGCUACUACAUUCUUUUAUGUGGAGGCCACUACAGGAUCCUUCAAUGGGUUAUUUCUUACGACAAUAGCAAACACUACAGAGGAGUAUGUUCUGGAAGUUUCUCUAGACAAUUGGCUCAGUACAACUUGGAUCCUCAUCGGCGUCUGGAACGGACUCUGGCUUGUCUAUGUUUUCUCCACACUGUUCAGAAGGAAUGUAUUUGGCACUGUCUGCUGCAAUCCUGAAAUACACCCUCCCUCAUUUUAUGUGUUUUGGAUUUUCAAUAACCUGCUGAGCAUUGGGUGGCUGUUUCUUUGGGACUGGCAAUACAUUUUCAGGGCUUUGAGCUUAAAAAUCCUUAUUCCCUAUUCCUGCUAUGUAAUGCUGACAAUUUCAUACCGAAAUCUUUACCGACAUGGUAGCUGGCUCAAAAUUAAUAGUCCACAGGAUCUGUGGUACAUUCGCUAUCUGAUACAAAAUGGAGUAGCACUGUAUGCAUCCUGGACUUCCGUUGAAGCUCUGAUAAACUUUGGGAUUGUGUUAAAGUACAAAGCUGGCAUUGAGGAUCCAGCUGUCAGCACAAUCGUGCUCACAUUGUUGCUUUUCGAAAUACUUCUGUGGUUUGUUCUAGAAAACUUUAUCUUCGAGAAAUAUGUGCGCUACACUUUCACCGUUUACCCUGUUGUGAUUCUGGCUCUGGGAGGAAUGUUCACUCGAAACUAUCACUAUGACACCUUGCCCAGAAGCACUAUUUACUGUGGAGCCCUCAUGAUUCUGACUGCUGUGAUCUGCGUCAUUCGGCUGAUUGCGAUUUGCUUCUAUGAUGAGCGGAGGCCUCUGUUUGUCUCAAGAAUCCCCUUUCCUUUGUCUGACGGCAUUGAAUCCCUGUAUCACCCCAAAAUAGGGCAGAAUGGAGCCAGCAAAUUCGGUGUGGAGAACAAACAGUUCUCAAAGACAUAGAAAGACAUUACAGUGUGAAACUAGAUAUUGUUGUAAUUAAAUGUAAUAUUCAGAGGUAAUUCAGUUUAUGAAGUUCCAGAGAGAUCUUUUGUCUAAGUGGUUUGAGUGUCCUACAGUAUAUACAGAAUUCUUGCUUUUAAAACACUAGGUUCUGUUGAAGCAUUAUAUCAAGCUUUGAAAAAGAAUUAUGAUUAAGAAUAAAUUGGAUAUACACAAUAUAAAGAAGAUACUUUUGAGAAUAAAUCGUCUGAUAAGAUUAAAUUAAGAAUCCACUUUACUUUGUUAGAUUUAGUACUUCUAAUGACAGAAUGCUUUGUUAGAUUAAGAGAAUGGACAGCUGCUAAUGGUAUACUGUAUACCUUUUACUCAAUAUUAUCUAAAAAUUAAAGGAAAUAAAGAUGGUGGAUUUGUG